UACCCAUGAUGCACCCAUGUUUAUUUUCUACGAUUCUCAUUUCUCUCGCGGGCUUUGUUUUGAUAUGGCGGCAGGCUUCGAAACUUUUGUCAGUCAUGUAUUCAUAGGGCUCGUUUUCCCCUCGUUUACACCUCAUUUCACCGAUGUUGCAGCCAGCCCUGCAUGAGACAGUGCGGUCAUCAUGUCAUCUCCAGCCGGGCUUCAGCACUCUCAGGCAGACUUCUUGGCCAGGUGGAUGCCAAGUAGCACUAGAGCCGGGGUGAUCCUUAACCCCUGCCUGGACUUCGCUGGCUCCAUGUGCCACAUCUCUUCCCUGGGAUCCCCUACUCCCCUGGAGCCAGACGACUCGUUUGCCUCCGACUUUGCUCCUCUGCCAGUCUCUGCAGACAGCAGCUGCAUAGGUGUGUUUGCCGGGGCACCAGGAGGAGAGAAAGCUGGGGCUGACAGGCCAUUGAAUGGUCUGUUGUCUAUUCCUCAGAGGGAUUCAAAUGGAGAAGUGGACAGUUUGGAUGAGAUGGCAAACACAACACAAGAUUUUCCCCUGAAGAUUAAGCUGGAACAGUUGAGAAAAUGGCAGCAGCACAUGCAGGAGCAGCUCAAAGCCCACCAGCUGGAGGAGUUGCUUCGAUUGCAAGAGGAGCAGCAGAGGCUGCUGGGAAUGAUGAAUGGAUCCCAGGACUGCACAGAAGAGAUACCGUACAGUCCCAAUUUACAGUGCCGUAAGGUCCCUCAGGGAUCUACCUGUGGCCUCAGACAAGAAGAAGAGCUGCCGUCAGCAGGGAGACAGGCUGAGCUAGAAAGAGGUCAAGAACAUGAGGAGGUGGACAGUGAAGAUGAAGGAUCAUGGCACUCCAGAGAGGAUGAUUGGGAACAGAGUGUGGAUUUAAGGCAGUCUCAUGACGACACAGUAAUACCCUGUAAUAGUGUGGGUUUGGAUAUAAACCACAGAGUAAAAGAAGAUAAAGCUUUCGUUGACAGACCUAUAAAGCCAGGGAUUGGAGGUCAGAAGAAAUUUGAGGAAUUGUUAGAAGAGCAGCUAAGGCUGGAGGAGCAGAGACUGAAAUCUGCCCGGCAACAGCAGGGCCAGGACGGGGCUGAAGCAGCACAAGCUCUACCUAAGAGAGCCUUUCUGAAGCGAGGUCAAGGUCUCUCAAGAUUCACAAACAAUCGCAAAGCCUUGGAAUCAAAAACUGAGUUGAAAAAGGACUUAAAACCAAAACCACAAACCAGGAUACUGUCCCGCAGCAACUCAGAACCUAUAGCUUUCUCAAAAAGUGGCUCUACUGGUGUCCAGCGACUUCCUGUCCAGCGUAAAACCACCACACUCAACAAGGAAAACCGGGUGAAAGGCGUCAGCUCACCACCUCAAGGUAUCAGAGCUGAGAGUAAAGCGGCACAGACAAAGGUUUUGGGAAGUCAUCAAAGACAGAACACAGAUCCACUCCAGUCUAAUCAAACUGACCCACAGGGUAGAGGAUUCAAACCACAUGCACUGGAAGUAAAAGAGCAAAGUAACAAGAGAGAUGGUCUUUCAUAUCAAACUCUAAAGAACACUGGUCACAACAUACAGCCAAACCCUGUAACUAAACAGGUGGGCUUGUUAAGAGGGAUGGAGAAGGCUGAAAAUGUUGCACCAAAAGAACAAAACUGGGGUUCAAAAGUGGAAUCAGCUGAAGGAGGAAGAGGAUCAGAGAGGGGAGAGGGAUGUGGAGUUCUUCAGCACUCGUUUGAGCAGUCAUUCCAAGAGAAGCUCCAGCGCUGGGAGUGUGACCGGCAGCUGGAGAGCAUGGAGCUGGGAGAGUUUGAGCUGCUGGAGCAGGCAGCUGAUGAGCUUUCUUUCUCAUCCAACUCCUCCUUUGUCCUCAAGGUUCUUCAGAUGGACCAGCUAAAAGCUGCCAGGGGCUUCCCUCCACGACGGCUCUCUUCCACGCCCAUAAAGUCCCCUCCUAAAGGAGCACCUCUGAGACGCUGCAGUGUUGGAAGCAGUGGUGGUGUGGUAGUGACAGGGAAUUCCUUGAACCCUGAAGUGUUUGUGGUGAAGAUGAGAGACGAUACUCUCAGGAAGAGGCCGAGCGUUGAGGAUAAGAGGGAGCUGGACACUGAAACAGAAAAAAAGGAUGAGAGCUCAGAUAUUUCAUCCUGUUGUGACUCUGAGUUUGAAGAAAUGACAGUCAAACCUUCAUUUCCCAGCGCCCUUUGCUUUCCCGCACAGUCUGAUCUGCCGUACGACAAGCAUUCAUACCAAGACGAGGACAGCUGCAGAGACUCGGCAUCAGAUGUGACACAGGUCGAUGAUGUUGAGAGUGACAGCAACGCAGACGAGUCCACUUUGUUAGAAGAGAAAAACGAGCAGCAUGGUCAAGUCCUGUUUGAUGACAAUGACACCUGGAAUGACCUGGAGGACACGGCAGUCUGCUCAGCCAAUAACAGCAGAGGAGUUAGUCCAGUUUCCAGGGUAACAGAGAACAGAGUGUCACCUCCAGAGCGGACUCUGCAGAGGAAGGUGGCCAUCAGUAAAGGUGUAGACAUGGAUAAAGGCACAGCUGUUGGGUCGGCCAAUCAGGAGACUCCUCCUGCCUCCCAGCUCAUGACGAGGUUAUUUCCCUCACUGAAGCUGAAGACCCAGAAUGCACCUCUCCCUCUGCCUCCUCUUUCUGCUGCUCCCUCUCCUGAGACCAAAAUAUCAGAGGAAACAAGUCAGCAGGUCCAAUCCAGACAGCUGAGAGAGAGACUGGUGGAGCUGGAGAUUGAGAUCGAGAGGUUUAAGAAGGAGAACGCUGCACUCACCAAACUCAGACAGGAGAACGAGAAAAACCAGGAAAAUCUCAGAAAAGAGCGUUUGGAGUUUGAGAAGUUGAGGACAGAUGAGCUUGCAAAGUUUGAGGAGUACAAGAAAGAGGAGAAUAGAAAACUCCAGAAGGAGAGAAAACUAUUAGAAAAACAUGCACAAGCUGCCAGAGCCAUACCUGACAAGAAAGAACGAGAGGAAAUCCAGGGGUUGAAGCAGCAGCUGAUCUCCCUCCAGGAGGAGCUGAAGGGGAGGGAGAGCCGCUGGGCCUCCACACACAGUCGAUUACGACAACAGAUCAACUCCCUGAACCAGGAGAACAGUUCUUUACGGGACGAGAUUCGUAUGUUGGAGAAGCUUCGCCUCAGCUCCUGGAAGACAUGCCCGGUCAACUCAGAGACGGAAAAGGGACCUAAAGACGGUCCAAAAAUGUUUGAGAACGUUUCGUCUGUGUCCAAAGGAGUGAAAUUUGCUAGUCCUCUUGACUCCAGAGGAAGCAGCAGCAGCCCUCCACAUAGCAGCUCAGCUCCAGUCACUGCAAAGACGUGCAAGGACAUCAGUCAGACUGCUGCAGGGAUGAAGAGCAGCUUGAGAAAAUCAUCAGUACCAGCCUCCUCUUCAUGCCCCUCCUCUUCCUCAUUACCGGGCAAAAGGAAAGAGGAGAGGUCAUCACUGGCCCCCUGCAAGAGCCAGGACAAACCUCCAAACAAAGAAAAGUCACAGAACUGCUCCCAGAACCCAAACUCUCUGCCUAAAGAACCAGAUGUCAGUGAGGUAAAAGAGCCAGAAACAGCUCAAGAGGUGAUCACACAUCCUGAUGGGAAGAUUGAGAAAGUUCUGCCUAGCGGUGAUCGUCUUAUCUCCUUUCCAAACGGGACAAAGAAAGAGGUUUCAGCAGACGGGAAGACAGUCAAAGUUACUUUCUUUAACGGAGACACAAAACAGAUCACAGCUGAUCAGAGAGUGAUCUACUACUAUGCUGAAGCACAGACCACGCACAUCACCUACCCAGAUGGUAUUGAGGUUCUACACUUUCAGAACAACCAGACAGAAAAGCAUUUCCCAGAUGGUCGUAAGGAAAUCACCUUCCCAGAUCAAACGAUUAAGAACCUUUUCCCCAAUGGUCGAGAGGAGAGUGUGCUGAUGGAUGGGACCAUCAUACAAGUCAAUCCUGACGGCACCAAGGAGAUCCACUUCAACACUGGUCAGAGGGAGAUCCACACGGCUGACUACAAGAGGAGAGAGUAUUCCGAUGGCACUGUGAAGACGGUCUACACUGAUGGCAGACAGGAAACCCGCUACCCGACUGGACGACUCCGGAUCAAAGACAAAGAUGGAAACAUCAUCGUGGACAACAGAGUGUAGAAACAACACAUUUAAAGGCACUCUUUGGGUAGAGACACUAAUUACAGGAGGACUUCAGUUCCCAAAGACUAACACUUGAACAUUUUGGUUUUACUUCACUUCUAAAUACUUGAAAGGGCUGCAAAAAUUAACAGGAACGUUACAGCUGAUAGUCAACAGACCAGAAGUGUAAAACAUUCAGAAGCGUUUACAACAUUUAAAAUGUUUUAUCAUUCAUUUAUGAAUUCAACAUUAUUUCAGAUCUAAAAGGACAAAUCAUUUCUUCAAUAGGAACUCCUCACUGCACCUUUAACGUUCCAGUACAGCCACCUUUAAAGGCAUCUAAGCUAGCAAUGAAAUAAGUCAUUUGUGUUUUCCUUUUCAGGAUAUUUGUAGUUUAUAAUCUACCAAUAGACUCCAUUCAGACCCAUUAAUCUGAAUAUUACAAAGAUUGUUUACAUUUUCAGAGAAGGCCUGUGAAGAAUGAGAUCCUGUUCAGAAUCAAACGUCUCAUCAGUAGCUGUGCUGUUUGAGUGUGGUGUUUUUAAGUUUGUUUACCAUUACUUGAAUUUGUAAAAAUGUUUAAAACUUAUUUAUUUUCUUAGC